AUGGGCUCCUUACCUUCAUCUUCUCGGCUAUCACGUCGACAAGAUGAAGAUUCACCCCAAUAUCGUGUUUAUGCCUCGUUUUCAGCCAAGAGGGCAUCCCCCGGUGUCAACAUCUCUAACUGGAUCGAGUGCUAUAACCCGUUAACCAAUGAAUGGCGUCGAGUUACCUCGAUACCAGGAUUGGUCGAGAACCAUAUCAUGAAAGGCUUUGCAAUGGUCAUUGUGGAAGAUUUCAUAUACGUCAUUGGUGGUCUUCUUUGCUAUAAGGAUAUACUGAUCGAAGGUGGUCAUGACAACUCUUCUGACGGUCCAAGUGAAAUCGACCAAGAAGUCACUCAGUCUGUACUACGUUAUAGUAUUAGAGACGAAACUUGGUUAAAAUGCUCAUCACUUAAUGUUCCACGGUUUGACUUUGCUUGUUCGGUUCAUGGAAGCAAGAUUUACGUCUCGGGAGGAAAAAGUAAACCAAAUAGUGUGAGAGGUGUGUCUUCAAGUGAAAUCUAUGAUCCGGCUCUAGACGAAUGGAAGUUAUUACCAAACAUGAGCACAUCAAGAUAUAAAUGUGUCGGUGUUACGUGGCAAGACAGGAUUUACGUUGUUGGAGGUUUUGCUGAAUAUGAAUGUGAAACUAAUGACAAUAAUCACGGACCAUUUAGUAUGGCAAGAAGCUCGGCUGAAGUUUUCGAUACAGUUAAUAACAAAUGGGACUUUCUCCCACGUAUGUGGGAUCUUGACAUCCCGCCUAAUCAAAUUGUGGAUGUUGGAGGAAAACUUUUUAGUUCGGGAGAUUGUUACAAGAAAUGGAAAGGAUUUAUUGAAAAAUUCGAUCGAGAGCUUAAUAUGUGGAAUGUGGUCGAUGGAUCAUCUUUAUCGUCUCCAACAUCUAUGUUGGAUGUAACAUCUCCCAAGAGGCCGUUAAUGGAACAAUUGUAUCUUACGAUAGCGCCUAUUGGGACAUCAUUGUACUUUUUGGCUGGCUAUCGAAUGAAUGGCGAAGAAACAUCAAAUUUCAGAUCAGAAGUGCAUGUUUUUAAGACAUAUGAAGGUGUGUGGACAAGUUUCGAACCAAUGCUGGAAGAUGUCGAGAAAGAGCUAUCUUGUCAUUGCGCAGUCUACAAAGGGCGUAUCUGA